AUGGAGAUCACGCUUUCGGAUGUGGAGGAGAAGAUAUGUACUCUGCUGGAUCAAGUAGCACUUGGAAUCAAGACCAAAAAUAACAAUGCUGAUGCUUCUGCUAUUGUUCUCCGCUUUGCUGGAGGAUGGGUUCGUGACAAGUUGCUGGAAAUAGAAUGCGAUGAUGUGGAUGUAGCUAUCGAUACCAUGACGGGCUACGACUUUGCUCUGGCUGUUGAAGCUCAUUUGAAGGCAUCAGGAGCCGAAACUGGGCUUCACAUUGCCAAAAUUGCAGCAAAUCCAGAUAAAUCAAAACAUUUAGAAACUGCGAAUACCAAAAUAUUUGGAAUGUCUAUUGAUUUCGUCAAUUUACGAAGUGAAGAGUACUCGGCUGACUCGAGGAUACCAACAAUGAAAUUUGGUACACCGUUGGAGGAUGCUCUACGGCGUGACAUUACCAUCAAUGCCUUGUUUUACAAUGUCCAUACACGAAAAGGACUGCCAGAUCUAAAAGAUGGAAUGGUGCGAACACCGCUAGAGCCAAUGCAAACCUUCAUGGACGACCCAUUACGAAUACUACGAGUCAUACGAUUUGCUAGUCGCUUCAAUUAUGUGGUGCACGAGGACAUCCCUCCUUGUGACGCAUUCAUGAGUAAAAUUAGUCGAGAGAGGGUUGGUGUAGAGGUAGACAAGAUGCUCAAAGGGCCUCAUCCUGUGAGAGCUGUUGAAUUGAUGAGAGAGUUUGGAAUGUACGAACUAGUAUUUUCCAAACCAGACAGUCCCAAGUCUGUCCCCCUUGAUGCGAAUCAAGCAGUGGUCUCCAUGACCAAGAUGCAAUGGAUGAUGAAUAAUUGCCAGGCGCUUUUACCAAAUGGUUUAUUUCCGUUAAAUGGAGCAGAGAGGCGGCUCAUGUUUCUGUCAGCUGCUGUCAUUCCAUCACAUGGGCAAACAUUUCCAGACAAGAAGACGUCUGCACCACUUUGCAAGCACUUAGUGUUGAAUUCUCUCAAACUGAGUAUGCACGAUGUGGACAUGGUUGCUGCAUUAUUGGGACGAGCUGAAAAUUUUCACGAUACCGCACUUGAAAACAAGAAACAACCUUUCACUCGCAAGUCUCUUGGCUUUGCCAUUCGAUCCCUCGGUGCCAAACCUCUUUUGUCAAAUUGGCCAUUAUUGGCAUUGACAUCGCUGGUUAUUCAAACAAUCAAGCAAUCCCAUGGACUCGAUGAUACAAAUGCAACACAAUUACUGCUUGAAGACUAUCAGAGUCUCUUCUUGCGAGUUCAAGAUCUUGGACUGUUGGACGUGUAUUCACUAAAGCCAAUUAUUGAUGGUCGAGAAGUGAGUAGUUUGCUGAAUCUUCGACCAAGUCCUCAAAUUGCCGAAGCUCUUGAGCGCGUGAUUGAAUGGCAACUGGAACAUGAGAAUGGGACCCGUGAAGAAUGUAUUGAAUGGCUGCGUGAACAAAAUGUCGCAAUAGUUUCAUCAGAUUUAGCUGUCCACAAAAAACCUCGAAUGCAUUGA